GUGUAUGUGUCCGCGUGUGACAUCAAAUGUCAAUGUGUAGUGUAUUUUGUGGUUGGAUGAGUAUUUAACAAAAAUUCAAAACAAUGAAUUAUGAUAUAGAAUUUGUGGAGUUUUCUGAUGAAGAGACGGAGGAAUUUAGAGACAUGUCAGAUCCUGAUGAUGGCGACAUCCUAUCGACCAUCAAAAAGGAAGCAUGUGUCGGUCCGGAUGUUUAUAUGGAUUCGCAUGACAUCCUUCCUGAUACCCAUGAACCGGAUUCAGAUCCUGAAGGAACUGUGAUGAGACUGUUCAGGUUCUGGGGACUCCAGACAAAAGCCACCGAGAGAUUAUUUUUCUGUGGCAUUAAAAGUGAACGACUCCUCCGCUUAAUGCACCAUCAUCAUAUUGAUAGCAUCUUCUCGCAGGACGAGCUCAUCGGGGACAAAAUCCUAUUCACCUAUAAACUGCAGGAAUGGAGGCUGAAGCAGAAGUGUUAUCCUUUGGGAUGCUGUUCCAUGACUUGCGUUCCUUCAACCCAAUCCACCUCAUUGACUUCAGACAUUCCAGAAACACGUUCUCUCUUAGGUUCUUCCUUCCUCAAUUCCCACCAAAAAAUGCCUCAAAAAUCUCAAUCUCAAUCCUCAGAACUUGGAAACUUCAACCUGAAGAGAAUCCUUCAAAAAACAGCCACAGGGCAGCAAGUUCUGACGAAUUAUGCAAAAAAUGGUUUCUUGGUAUCCAAGGAACAGUCUUACCUAGCUCAUACUAUCAUUGAUUACCAUUUUAUUACCAACAAGAGAAUGUCUCCAUCCUUGCUCUCCCAGUACGCAGCUGAGAUCAUUAAGCUGUUCCCUUCUGAGACAAUUGGAACUUACUACGUUCCUCGGAAUAUUCAAUUGAAAAAGAAUCCAACCGGGAAAUUAUACGACAGAUACAGGAAUAGGUUGUACAAUCUGAAGUUGUUCAAGAACAUGGAAUCAGCACCGAAGAAGACUACUCCUGGAGAAAACAAGAAUCCACAUCCUAUUCAGGUUGUCCUUCCUGAAAAUGUAUCCCCUGCGGCUCCAGUGGAUGACCAGAAUGAGUUAACGGCCGAAUACGAUGACCCAUCUACUGAAAGUUUCGCAAUAAGUUUCAAAGAAGAAGGAAACUCGUGCAAUAAUUCAGUUUCUGAAGAUACUGAGAGGAUGCAGCUGGUGGAGUCUGGCGAGGUCCAAAGUAAUGGUUGUGCAAUUGAUGAAAUUAGGGAUCUCAAAUCUCAACUGCGGCAACUGACAAGGAAGAUGACACAGAUGCAGACACUUGUACAAAAAGUUGGAUCCUUACAAAAUAAACCUCAAGUAAGCCUGGAUUUACCUUCUGAUACCGCUGAGGGUCGAUUGGUUAAAGAGGCCUUUCCUCUGAAGUGCUAUGAGAAAAUGCAGUUAGUUGAAGAGCAAUUGGAAAGCAAUGAUAACUUCUACAAUGAAAUGGUUAAACAUUUUGACAUAAUUUGCGGAUCUUCGAUUGGUGUCGCAGGAAUUGGUACUGGGAAAAAAUAUAGCUAUAUACUUUGUGAUCACUUCUUUGAUCGUCAGUUCUUGACGUCAUUCACAUGGACAGGAAGCACGAGAUUAGAACAACCAAAAAGAUCUAUGCGUGACUUUAAACAAAUUCUCAUAUCGUUUCUGAGGAUUAUCAACAGUUCAGAUGCCACUUUCAACAUGAUUGAUUUGGAGGAAUUCUUCAAAUGCGUCCUGAAGAAUUCAAGGAAAAGGGCAGAGUCGUCAGAAAGCAUGAAUCGUCGAAUGUCAGCUCCUAAAAUGAAGAAAAAGAAAAAUAAUGAUCUCAAUGAACUUGAUGGUUAUGCCUUUGAAAUUCAUGCUGCGAUGAAACACGAAGAAGAAAUUAUUUGAAUAUUAAACAAAUCUUGAACGAUUUCACUGGUUUCAUAACGCUUUGUAAAUAAAAUUUUAGUUUAAAGAAUUGAAGACUGGAAAAAAUAAUUUGAAUUAACUGUACCAUUUGAUGGAAUAAUUCUAAAAUAUCUUAAAAAAUAAAUAAAUAAAAUAA